AUGCCCCAAGUAGUGAGUUGUGGUGAGAUGGAACCAAGCAUGUGGUCCAAGCUUCCUUCAGAUCUCAUGCGGUUGGUUUUAGAACUUCUUGGUUUUGCAGAUUUUCAAAGGGCUAAAUCUGUUUGUUCAUCUUGGCGCUAUGCAUCCAAACAAUCUUCACCAAACAAUCAAAACCCUUGGUUGAUUCUAUUUCCAGAAAAAGGUAAAGAUCACUGCCUCUUGUUUAAUCCCGAGGAAAAAGAAGUCAAGUUAUAUAGAAUUCAAAAUCUAGGUGUCGACUUUGCAAAUAGUAAUUGUUUGGCUACUUAUGGAAGUUGGCUCUUGAUGCAAGACGAUCAUCAAUACAAUAUAUUAUACAUUUUGAAUAUUUUAACCUGUGAGAAGAUCGAUCUGCCUUCCAUGAAGUCUCAACUUAGCAUUGUAGAGACUAUAGAUGAUAUGUUUCUUGUAAAAUUGGAUAACAACAGAGAUGUUCUAUUCUGGUUUGACGAGAAGACCAAAGAUUAUGUGGUUAUAUGGAUAAUCCAACCAAGAUUUUUGGUUUAUUCCAGAAAAGGUGAUAAAUUUUGGAAACAAAUUGAGAUUUUCGACUUUUAUGAUGACAUGGUAUACAAAGAUCAUAAACUUUACUUGUAUAGUUGGUCUCGUGAUGUCAAAGUGUUGGAUUUUUCUCAAGAUAUUCCGCGACAAGUCUUUGAGUCACAAGUUAACUACGAUUAUUCGAGAAAGCCAGAGGAUGUUUUCUACUAUGAUGCUCCUCUUCAUUUAUGGAAGAAGAUCAAAACUGAAAAUCUUGUAGUCAGAGUGACUGGUGAAGUUCUGAGGGUUAAGAGCAUAGUUUUGGGCAAUUCUGAUGUUUGGUCCUUCCGCAUCUACAAGAUGGAUUCAUCAAAUAGCAAGUGGGAGAAACUUGAUUAUUUGGGAGAGGAAGAAGCAAUAAUCUUGGAUCUUGGUAUCACCGUUAGGCUUGCCAACACCAUCCAAGGAGUCAAUGGAAAUUCAAUAUAUUUCAGCGGCAAUCAUAAUAACUAUUGUGAUUCUGAUUUGGGUCGUUUUUGGAAUGAGAAAGAUAUACUUAUCUUCAAUCUUGGCACGCAAGAAAUUGAAAGAUCACAUCCAAGUCUCUUUUCGUCCAUUCAAUUAUCUAAUGCUCGAUGGUUUGUCCCAAAUUUCAUACAAAUGUGA